AUGAUCGAAGUCAGAGAACUCACAAAAUCGUACGGGACAACGGUUGCUGUUGACCAAGUUUCGUUUGACGCACAUGCUGGCGAAGUGUUAGGCCUCCUCGGUCCGAACGGCGCAGGAAAGACUACCACGAUGCGUAUUCUCACCUGCUAUCUUUCUGCUGAUGCAGGGAGUGCCACCGUUGCGGGGUAUGAUGUAUUCGAGGAAUCCUUUGAAGUCAGGAAACAAAUUGGCUAUUUACCUGAAAGUGCUCCACUUUAUGCCGACAUGGGGGUCAUUGAAUACCUCAACUUUAUGACGCAGGUGCGGAAACUCCCAAAAAGCCAGCGGAGAGAGCGGAUUCGAGCUGUUAUUGACAUCUGUGGGCUUGAGGACGUUAUCCAGAAAGACAUCGGUGAGCUCUCAAAAGGCUAUCGUCAACGUGUCGGUUUGGCACAAAGCCUCAUCCACGAUCCGCCUAUCCUGAUUUUAGAUGAACCUACCUCUGGGUUAGACCCGAGCCAAAUCAUUGAGAUCCGUAACCUCAUCAAAAACAUCGGGCAGGAAAAACUGGUACUCUUCAGCACGCACAUUUUGCCCGAAGUCUCUGCUACCUGUAGCCGAAUCCUGAUCAUCAACAACGGGAAGAUUGUCGCAAACGGGACACCGGAGGAACUCGCGGCUCAGGAGAAGGGCGAGGAAAUUGUCCACAUCGCCAUCCGAGGUUCACAAGAUGCAAUUGAGGCACAACUCAACGAAUUAGAGUUUGUUUCGCAGUGGAACCGUGUUGACACGGACAAUGGCAUCGUGGGCUAUCAGAUCCAUGCCGCUCAGGGUAGCGAUGCUGCCGAAGCACUUUUUCACGUCGUUGUGAAGAACGGAUGGAGCCUCACAGAACUCCGUCAAGAAUCCGUGGACUUAGAGGAUGUUUUCCUUAAUUUAACAGACAAGGAGCAGGUAUAG